AUGUCUGACAUUGGACCUGUAUUUGAGAGAAUAUAUGUCUGUCUAAGGGCUUGUAAAGCUACAUUUGCAAUGACAUGUAGGCCUUUAAUUGGACUUGAUGCAUGUUUCUUGAAAGGUGGGUAUGGUGGACAAUCAAUGGCAGCUAUUAGCGAAGAUGAGAACAAUCAAAUUUAUCCUAUAACAUAUGUUGUGGUGGAAGCAGAGACACAAGACUCUUGGCAAUGGUUUGUGGAUCUAUUUCUUGAGGAUAUGAAUGGCAUACUGCAAAAACCUUAUUCAUUCAUUUCAGACCAACAGAAGGGUUUGGUACAUGUUAUUGAAACACUAGGCCCGAAUGUAGAACAUAAUUUAUGUGUUAAACAUUUGUAUGGAAACUGGAAGAAAAAGUAUCCUGGUGGACACAUGAAAGAACUACGUUGGUAG